AUGGCGGAAUUUCUCGAAGAUCCGUCAAUUCUCACGAAGGAUAAACUCAAAAGUGAGCUCACGGCCAACAAUGUGCCCCUUCCCAUCUCCGACCAGAAGAAAAAUGUAUAUGUUCAAUUGUACUUGAAGAACUUGACCGUUCUGAACCAGAAAAGUCCACCUACAGACAUGUUCUCCAGUGAUGAAGAACUACCUGCCCCUGUAGUCUCCAACAAUAGUAUUUCUGGAAGAGUAAGUUAUGAAUAUAUUAUUAUUGGUCAUUACAGUGCUAUGAAUUGAUUUUGUAAUGUUAAUCAUAAUGCAUGAAAUCACUAGUUACCUGUGUUAAAUGAUUGUUGCCUUUCCAUAUAAUGUUAUUCAGUUAAAUAUCCACUUCCUGUUUCUUUCCCUCUUAAACCAUAUUCGCACGGGACAAGUAUAGAGAACGUUGGUUAUGGAAUUAUUACUCCAGAAUGUCCGUUAUUCCAGAGGACGUUUCGGGAAGGGAUUCGUUUUUUUCCAAACUGUCCCCAGUAAUUCUUACUUGUUUAUAUAUAUAAUAUCAAUUGACAGUUAUGACGGAAGCAUGCAGGUUUUUAUUGUAGCCGUGAAGAUAUUUCAACAUGUCCAGCUGAUAGUGCCACACUGAUAACUCGAGCUUGGUUUCUAAACCAUACCAAACCAUCUUUGGUAUAGUGUCAUAAUAAUCGAUCCGCAGUACUUCCUAAAUGCCCCUCAGCCUUCGGAUGUGAGCUAAACAGUGCACUUGCACUUGAGAUACGUUUUAAGGCUAUGUGUGAGAAAGUUAAUUUAUAAUUUCCAAACGUUUAGGUCAGUUGUGUGCUGCUUUGCGAUCUAUUAACAGCAAGGGUUGCAUUAAAUAGGCACAAUAUGUUUUACUGAUCCAUUUGGCAAUAUUCAAUUCAUACCCACAAAACAUAUAAACAAAAGCAUUCACUGUGAAAGUUGAUACAUGUAGGCCAUUCAUAUAUAGCUUAUGUGCAGCACUUUGUUCAAUUGAUCAAAUCAGUUAUUGUUUUCUUGCUCAAACCGCCAGCAACACCUGUCAAAGUCAGACAUUUCUCUCAAAACACAGGGAGGUCAAUUCGCACGGGACUAGUAUUAUCAGAGGACCUUGGACUUCGCCAAAAAACACUAGGUUAUUCUGGCUGGAAUUAUUACUCUCCUGACAUGUAAAAUGACUGAGAUUGUAGAUUCGGGCGGGACUAAAAUUACAGAUGUGGUGUUUUGUGCUCAUGCACAUAAUUACAUUAUCCGACCUCCCCCAGUAAAACUAAUCAGGUCUGAAUAGGGCUUUACUCAUGCCUUGCAUUGGUUCUCUAAUGUCUGUGUUCUUUCUAGAUAAUCUUAGUUAAGACAGAGAUAGGCUAAUCUUUGGUCUCUAGAUAAACGUAUUACCCAGGUCUAUGAAUUGACACCCAUAAUCCAUCCAUCCACAGAAAGCCACCAGGAAGACUGACAAGCCUCAGUCAGAAGGAGUGGAAGUGACAGACCUUACAGAUGCAGGCUUAAAAGAUGAGCUGUUGAAGCAUGGAGUCAAUGCUGGACCCAUAGUUGGUGAGUCUUCCUUAUGUUUUACUCAGGGUGUGUCUUAAAGUGGCUUCCUCUCCUUGCCUUGCUCCGCUACUUCAUCUGCAUUGAUCUGAGAAGAUAAGCUUUCACCUCUUCAGUUCUUGUACAUCUGUGCAGAUGAUGGAAAUGAGACAAGAAGAGGAAGGCACUUUAGACUAUUGAGAUGCACCAACAGACUCAAGCAUUCAGUGAGAGAUCCUUGACUAAAUGUACCACCUUCACUUAAUCUCUAACUUGUUUCCCCUUGUCUUCAGGCUGCACCCGCAAGCUUUAUGAGAAGAAGCUUCAGAAGCUACUGGAUACAGCUGCCGCUGAGGCUACCCCUAGCCUAUCUUGAGACUGCCACAGUUACCGCUGCAGCAGCCAAGGCAGACAGCAUCCAGAACGGCAACACACUCUCUGACCAGUACAGUGACAAGGAGGAAGGUGAGAUUAGAUAUUAGUUACAACUGCACAAGAACAUGCACCAUUAAUUAAGCAGCACACUUAAACAAAGAUACUUAAUUCAGGGUUGGUUUCAAUUCCAUUUCAAUUCAGGAAGUAGGCCUAAACUGAAAAGCAAUGAGGAAAUUUGAAUUUUAGAAUUGAAAUGGAAUGGAUCCUUUUUACUUUGAUAUUUGACUGCCAGUUUAGAUGCCUCUGUCAGAUGAGAUAACUGCUGCUCCUGAACCAGAGCCAGUUCCUGUUGUGGAGAAGCCUGUGAUGCGCAGAGGGAAGAUUCCUGUCACCAUCAGGACCAGUAGCAGACGGAGCAACAUGGUAAGCCUUCAAGUUCAAGUUAAUUUAAAUAAAUACAAUGCAAAAUCACACUCACCAGAGCUCUCACAUUAAAACAGCUUUCGUCUUCAACAGCAAGAAAGUUCAGCACAAAUAUGUAAAUAAUCUUAUCUUGCACUCAUAAACCCCAACCUCGCAAUCAUCUGUUGUCAUUGUCAAUGUUCACAGGUGGUGGAGGAGAGUCUAGCAACUGGUGACCAGACCCCUAAGAAGACGGGGGAGAAUGUUGAGGAGAUUCUCGCUAAUGAGAUCCUUUCACCCAUAGGCAUCAGGUAAGACCUUUUUAGGCCAUAUCACUAGUAUGUGGAACCUUUCACUUUUGGUCAAACUAAGACAGAUCCCAUCUCUAGAUCUGACCAAAAUGCAUUUUUUAUGUGUAUGGCUCCAAGAACACAGGGGUACUUACCAGUCAAAUCUUUACAGCAGUUGUUAAACAUGACUUGUCAGAAAUCACUUUGUCACAUCAUCCUCUAAUCCUCCUCUCUCCCCAGCGCCACCUGCAGGAGAUCGAUCCGCGGCGCGGCUGGCCGACCGCUGAAACCCAGCAACUACUGGCUGAAUGAGUCUCUCCUGGAGCGCUCCACUCUACACAGAGUCUCACUCUGAGUGCAGCUCCCUGGGCUCAGAACCGGCCAGGCCAGGAUUCCUCUCUGUCCUACUAAAGCUCAUGGUGCUCAUCACUGUAGCUGGUUCCAUCUACUUCGUCAUCCAGCACCUUGAUGCAGAUCAGGUCCAGUCCGUCAAGGGUUUGAUAAACAACGCCAAGGGUCCCCUGUGUAGCACGGUUGAUAAGGUGGUAGAUGCCAUGGUCGAUAAUGUGAUUGUGCCGCUGGGCAUCGGGGCCGGCAGCAGCUAA